AUGCUGUUGCACGGGGCUCAAUCUCCCUCUCAUACGCUGGACGGCCACGCCCACCCCCUGGAGACCGAUCAGCACCAACACCAGCAUAGGCAGCUGAGGCGCAAGAGGAAGGCCGAGUCUCAGGACAAUGAGCGGUUGUCCAAGAGACUCAGUCUUUUGAAUUUGGAGAAGAAUGGCCAGAAGCUUUACGUCCCAGUAGAGAACCCCGCGGCCUCAUCAGCGUCAGCCGACGUCAUUCCAUCAUCUUCAGCAUCCGCAGUACCACCAACCACAACCCACAGUGGUCGCCGUCGUCGUCACGACCGCAAACCCCCUUCCGACGAUGAGGUGAUGCAGCUGGACGACUCAAAAUACAAGGUCUACAUUUACGACAUUGACGACGAGCUCUCCUCUUCGGAGAGUGAACCCGACGACGGCAAGCUGGUCUUCCUUCCGGACAUCGAGAAGCACCUACGCGCCACUCGCAUUCCCCCUCACAUCCUCGCCAACGACGAAGGCCAACUCGCUGGCAUGCAGGUGGUCCUCUACAACGAGCCCACCUCGCUGACCAUUCCGCAAGAGCAGGAUAGCGUUCGCAAGGCCAUCGUCGAGUCUCGCGCCCGCAUGCGCGAGAGACAGCGCCUCGAACGCGAGGGUAGGGGCGAGCCGGUGCAGAUGCCCCCGCCCUUCAUCCCCCAGCAACACAUUCCCCCGACGACUGCCGAACCUUUCACCGCCACGCAGGCUCCGGCACCCGUAGCAUACGACCCCGACGCCAUGGACAUGGAUUAG